AUGGCUACGGAGGUGAAGACCCAGUUGGCUGAACAUCCACUGAUGAGUCCAAGGGCUGAGCUGAAGCCUGAAAAGAAGUCAGAGCACAGGCCAAGGAGCCACGGGGACGGCAGGCCACAGAAAGAACUCAUGAUCCCAGGGAUCGUGGAUUUCCAGCUGAUCCAAACGACACUGAAGACCCCCAAGCCUCAAACCCCUGGUGCCUACCGCUUUGGCCGCCUCAGCCACCACUCCUUCUUCUCCCGACACCACCCCCACCCACAACGCGUGACCCAUAUCCAAGAUCUCACCAGGAAGCCCGUGUGUGUCGUCAGAGACGAGUUCUCUCUUGCCCCCUUGCCUCAAGCCACACUUUUAUCCCGCUGUCUGAUGGGGAUGCCCACCAUCUCUGUCCCCAUCGGAGACCCGCAGUCCAAUCGGGAACCCCGGCUUUCUUCUGAGGCCUGGAAGAAGGAGUUGAGGGACCUGGCUUCCCAGGUGGCCAUCUUCACCAAGGAGAAUGAGCUGAAGAGCAAAAAGCAGAAGGAGGAGCCUCAACAGGAGCAAGGGGCAAAGUACUCGGCCGAGACCGGGAGGCUCAUCCCCACUUCCACCCGAGCCAUUGGUCGCCGCCACUCCCGCCAGGGCCCACGGAUUUAUCCUUCUGGCAAAGAUGGAGGAGUCCAGACCAUCGUUCUGCAGGAUCAGGAGCUGCUGAUCCUGGAGCUCCUUUGUCAGAUCCUGCAGACAGACUCCUUGAGUGCUAUCCAGUUCUGGCUCCUGUAUGCUCCCCCGAAGGAGAAAGACCUAGCACUGGGACUCCUGCAGACAGCGGUGGCUCAGCUCCUUCCGCAGCCCCUAGACUCUAUCCCGGUGGAAAAACUUCUCGAUCAGCUCCAGGAAGUCCAAGAGCCAUCUCAAGAGAGGCAACAGCCACCCUACAGCCAAUCCCCGAAGAAGACGAAGACACCGCCCCUACCCAAAGGCGACAAACCAGAGUAUAUCGGAAGAGCACAAGUUCUUCGGAUGCAUUCAAGCCAGAACGCAGAAGAGAGAACUUCAAAGCCAAAGGCAGAAUGCUGA